CAAAACUUGAUACUGUGAUUUUCCGCCAUCUUCCCCAUACAGUCUCGAACACGACAUUUCACGCCGUGAUUCUGCCUGGAGCAGACGCUCAACUUUGAUUCAUCCUCUUGCGCGUCUCCCCUUCCAACUCCAAACCUUUCCUCACCGAGAGUUGCGCCUUCCUUUCACGGCCUCUCACCUCAACAACAAAUUUUUGCCAUCCGCAGUUUUCUCUCCCCACCGACGACCCCUCGCCUCUGCUCAUCAACCCGACCACGCCGCCCAACGCUCUCUAUCCACCUUUCCCUUUACCUAACCUCAUUUUUUCGUCUUCAUAAUGGCCGCUGUCGCUGAAAACGGCCACGCACCCGUGGCCGACGAGAAUGCCGCCCCCGUCGCUGUUGCCGAGCAGAAGGAACAGACCGAGAAGACGAACGGUGACUCCGUCACGGUAUUCCACGACCCCGAGAAUUUCAACGUCAAGCACCCCUUGAUGCAUGAGUGGACCCUUUGGUUUACCAAGCCCCCUAGUGGCAAGGGCGAUAACUGGAACGACCUCCUGAAGGAGGUUGUGACUUUCAACUCCGUUGAGGAGUUCUGGGGAAUUUACAACAACAUCACGCCGACCUCCGAACUGGGCCUCAAAGCAGACUACCACCUCUUUAAGAAGGGCGUCAGACCGGAGUGGGAGGACCCUCAGAACAAGCACGGUGGAAAGUGGUCAUAUUCUUUCAAGGACAAGCGCUCCGUGCCCAUUGACGACUUGUGGCUGCACGCUCAAUUGGCGGCUAUCGGCGAGACUCUCGAAAACGAUGGCGACAGCGAGGUUAUGGGCGUUGUCGUGAACGUGCGCAAGGGCUUUUACCGUGUGGGUCUGUGGACACGAACUGUUGGCAAGGCCAUUCCGGGCGACAAGAACACUACUCGUACGCCCGCCCAGGGCAAGGAUAUCCUUGAGGCCAUCGGCCGGCGCUUCAAGGAGGUUCUCCGUCUCAAGGAGGCGGACGCCGUUGAGUUCUCCGGACACACAGACAGUGCACACAGCGGCAGCACGAGAGCCAAGGCCAAGUUCACCGUCUGAAGCAUCUGCUAUCAUGUGUCGCUUCUGCUUUACGAUAUCAUAACGCGGUGGGUUUCGCUUUUUUUUUUUUGCUAUGGAUUAAUGGGAAAGGG